GACAUCGCAGUCUGCUGUUGGAGAGCGCCUGAGCCGCAGGCCGGGAAGGGGUCGUUGGUUCUUUCCUUCUUCCCUGCGCUCAGGGAGAGCUCGCUCGGCUUUCUUUCGCCCCGCUGCCGGGUGCCCUUUCCCCAGCAUUAGUUUUCUUGAAAUUCAGACGUGGCGGCUGUGAGGGGCGCGACCCCCUUCAACCCAACCAAACCUGCGACUGCCCGAGCCUCCAUGGGCCCGACCCGGAAGCCCAACGUGUGCAGCCAGCUGAGUCGCCGGGCGCUGGGCUUCUUCGCCCGCGACGCAGGCGUGGUGCAGAGGACAAACCUGGGCAUCCUGCGAGCGCUGGUGUGCCAGGAAAGUACUAAAUUUAAGAAUGUUUGGACAACUCAUUCCAAGUCACCUAUAGCCUAUGAGAGAGGAAGAAUAUAUUUUGACAAUUACCGGUGUUGUGUCAGCAGUGUUGCAUCAGAGCCAAGAAAACUUUAUGAGAUGCCAAAAUGUCCUAAGUCAGAAAAAAUAGAGGAUGCUUUAUUAUGGGAGUGCCCAGUGGGGGAUGUACUUUCCAGUCCAUCAGAUUAUAAAUCCUCGCUCAUAGCACUGACUGCUCAUAAUUGGCUACUUCGUAUAUCAGCGACUACAGGAAAAAUUCUUGAAAAAAUAUAUCUCGCCUCUUACUGCAAAUUCAGGUACCUGAGCUGGGAUACUCCUCAAGAAGUCAUCACAAUCAAGUCAGCUCAGAACAAAUGCUCAGUAUUGGCACGUCAGGCAGGCAUCCAGCAGACUGUUUUGUUAUACCUUGCAGUAUUCCGAGUUCUACCCUUUUCACUUGUAGGGAUUGUAGAGAUCAACAAAAGGAUUUUCGGGAACGUUACCGAUGCUACUCUGUCUCAUGGAAUACUGAUUGUGAUGUACAGCUCAGGACUGGUCAGGCUCUAUAGCUUCCAAGCCAUCACUGAACAGUUCAUGCAACAGAAACUUGACUUAGGGUGUGCAUGCAGAUGGGGUGGGACUGCUGGAACUGUAGGAGAGGCUCCCUUUGGCAUCCCUUGUAAUAUUAAAAUCACAGAUUCGCCACCCUUGCUCUUUGAGGUAUCAUCCCUGGAAAAUGCUUUUCAGAUUGGAGGCCAUCCUUGGCACUACAUCAUCACGCCCAAUAAGAAGAAACAGAAAGGAGUUUUCCAUAUUUGUGCCCUGAAGGAUAAUUCCUUGGCAAAAAAUGGGAUCCAAGAAAUGGACUGUUGUUCUUUAGAAUCUGACUGGAUCUAUUUCCAUCCUGAUGCUUCUGGUAGAAUAAUACAUGUUGGCCCAAACCAAAUCAAAAUUUUAAAGCUAAAUGAAAUAGAAAAUAAUAGUUCUCAGCAUCAGAUCUCUGAAGAUUUUGUAAUUUUGGCCAAUAGGGAGAACAAAAAAGAAAACUUAAUCACUGUUACAGCUUCUGGACGGGUGGUGAAAAAAAGUUUUAACCUUCUGGAUGAUGACCCAGAACAAGAGACUUUCAAAAUUGUGGACUAUGAAGAUGAGUUGGAUUUGCUCUCUGUGGUAGCUGUCACUCAAAUAGAUGCUGAAGGAAAAGCUCACCUGGAUUUCCACUGUAACGAAUAUGGAACUCUACUUAAAAGCAUUCCACUAGUGGAGUCAUGGGAUGUGACAUAUAGCCAUGAAGUCUACUUUGACAGAGACUUGGUGCUACACAUAGAACAGAAACCCAACAGGGUCUUCAGCUGCUAUGCUUACCAGAUGGUAUGUGACCCUGGAGAAGAAGAAGAAGAAGAAGAAGAAGAAGAAGAAGAAGAAGAAACCCUAAACACAAAUUGUUAAAAAGAGUGAUAUAAUUGUAACUUACAAGACUGUUGGCCAAACACCUUAAAAACUGUGUCCAGUCCUCUUUUUUAUUAUCUGGAUGGCAUAUUCUAUAGUUUUUUUUUUUUCCAGAAAAGGUUUUGUAUUAACUUCAAAUGGCUAACAUGAAACUCUUACCAUGAAAGUUGGUGAGGUUUUUUAGAACACUGUCCCAAGAGGUCUAGCAUUUAGAAACUUUUAGCUAGGUGCUAAUGCAAAUAUAAAAUGCUGAGGAACAGAGGAGGACAGGUUAAUGCCAGAAGUUAUGGAGGGAGGUCUUGCUGUGUAGAGGUUCAACAUGGUUUUUAAAGGAUAGUAUGGAAUUUUCAUUGAUAAGGCUAGGAGAGAGAGAGAAAAAUAAAGAUGGGAAAAAUACAGAAAGAAAUCUUAUAUUGUCCAUGCCAAACUGCUUAAGAAUAAAAAAUAUAUAAUGUGAAAGCCUAUUUUUGAGCCUUAAAAGUGUGGCGUCACGGGUUUGUUUUUAAAAAAAUAUUGUAUGUAUUUAUAUAUGUUUUAUAUUUGUGCAUAAUAUUAAGAAUUGGUACUAGUUCCCAAA